UCUUUCUCUCUCCCUUGUCGCGCACACACAGCGGGUUGUUUUGGGUGCAGAGCUUUUUGCUAGAAAUCAAUGGAAAUUGAAUUAAGGGUCUGCUGAAAUUUCCAUGGAGAACUCUGUUACAGCCAUAGUCGAGUCAGAUGAACAGGAGGGAGCUCAAUCGUUCAAUGAAAGCUCUCCUGUAAGGAGGGCUGGCCUCUUCUACAAGCUGGUAGUGCCGUCCAUUCUUCAAGACAAGAAGCUGAAAAUACCAAAUAAAUUUGCAAAGAAGUUUGCAGAUGAUCUUUCUGAUCUUGUUACUCUAGUUGUUCCGAAUGGUCAUCGAUGGGUUCUGGAGUUAAAAAGACAUGGCCGUAGUAUGUGGUUUGAGGAUGGUUGGCAUGAUUUUGUCAAACACCAUUGCAUUCAAGUUGGACAACUCUUGGUUUUCAGAUUUGAAGGAAAUUCCGUUUUCAACUUUUACAUGUUCAACCUAACUGCUAUUUCAAAUGGUCCAUGCAAUACUUCAAAUGCUUCCUCUGAACAAAACGAUGGCGAACAAUGUCCUGUUACACUUGGAAAAGAAGCUGAAUACAAGAAAUUAGUUGAGAUAUUUGGAACGAGUUCUCCGGAUCCCUCUCCACGCCCUUCAGUGAAAAACACUUUGUGUGGUUUUUCAGAUCAGCAGAAGUUCAAUGGAAGUUGCAAUGGGACUAGCAUUAAGAACUUUAUGCAUUGGUUUGAUACAGAGAACAUGCAUCCUCUAAAGGAUUUAGAUAAGUUGCAACUACUAAAGUCGAAUCAAGAUAUUGGUAUUCAAUUCGACGGGGACGAGCUUGCAAAAGCUAGAGAGAAUUUUGACUUUGAAUUCUCUGAUGAAACAAAUGAAAGAGCCAGGAAAAAGAAGUUGAAAGUUGAACCAAUUGACUACUACAAUGACAAUGAGCCCAUAGUGGAAAAAAAUAGCGAAAACAUCCCACAUAAAAUUAGUAGGAUGGCGUGUGGAGUCGAGGAGUUCAAGCCUGGUAAUCCCUUUUGCUGGAUUGUUAUGAGGCAAUCCUAUGUUCGAAGAGGGUUCCAUCUGCAUAUACCGUCCAAAUUUGCUGAGAAGUAUCUAAAAGGGGUCUCAGGCGACAUCACACUUCAGGUUUCUAGUGGGAAGCAAUGGCGUGUUCGAUGCAUUCGUGAAGGUCCUGGCACCAAGCUAACCAGGGGAUGGGCUGACUUUGUUGUGGAGAAUGAUUUGAAAGAAGAAGACGUUUGUGUCUUUGAGCUGAUUGAUAUAAAAGCUACUGCACUGAAAGUUACAAUAUUCCGAGUCCACGACGAUCCAACAAAAACUUGAACCCGAGGAAAUCAUGGAAAUAUGUUGGAAUUUUUCUCAAAAAACAGAUGACAACAAGGUCUUGAUUACACAACACCCUGUUGUUUCAGAUUAUCCUUGUAACCUUGUCAAUGUUCACUUUUCGUCUUUAUCAUUUACAGCUUGUUUUCAAAGCAUGAAGUUGAAGAGUGGUUGAACUUUGAAACUCCCAUCUGUAUAUUCUUCCCUGAAUGGAAAAGUUAAAAAGAGUUGGCUUUCUUUUCUCUGUAAUGUAUUGCCAUGAACUCAAAAAUUGUUGGAAGCUUACUGUUUCUCCCUUCCAUCUGUAAAUCACUUGUAUUUUUCGA